GGAUGAAUGGAGAAACUAGUGGACCAAUAUAUAUCAUACAGAGUACCAUACUGCUCGCCAUAUCUAGAAGUAGGCGGCCUGUUCACCUGUUUAAAAGGAGACCUGCUUUAAGGAGAUAUACGCUACGAUACACUCGCUGUACACUUUUGGGGGUUGAAUGAUGUGCGUUCAACUAUUUCAUUCAUAAACGAUUCACAAUUGAAUAGUGUUAAGUCGGAUUAUGAUAAACAAUAUUGUAAGAAUUCAUGGAUUAAAGACAAGUUAAAGAAAUUGUUCUUUGGAAGUGAACGGAGUUGUGCAAGUGUUUUGUCUUUAUAUUGAUAUUCACUAAUAGUAGUUUAAUGUGUGUCAAACUGAACGGUGAUAAUUUCAUAUGUAUGCUAAGGUUUAAAAGUGUGCUUUGUGUUGUGUAAUACUGAUUGUAGUAAUGCUUAAAUAGAGCAAAGAUAGAAUUAAUGUUUAAAUUGUUACAGUUUUAACUAGAAAGCAAAUAAAGGACACUAGAAUAAGAAUAUCAAAUAUAUUCAGUGAAUGUCUUAACUGUUAACACGAUCAGCAGGAUACGUCAUUUUUAUGCUGAGAUGCUUUCUUAAGUGCAAUACCCGAGACAAGUUAAGACCUCUUUCCAUAAAACAUGGGCGCAUGUCUGGGUGUGCAAAACGCCAAGUUCGUAAUAUACGUGAGAACUGGCGACAAGAAGAACGCCGGCACCGACGCCAACGUCAAGAUACGGCUCCAUGACACUCAUGGCACGCACACGGAAGAUCUAACGUUAGAUAAUUUCUUUCGGAAUGAUUUCGAGAGCGGCCGACUUGACGUGUUCCCCAUCAAAGACCUCAAGGUCAAGGGCUUCGACGGACAUGUCUCUAUGGUUGAGUUCUGGAGAGACAACGCGGGGCUCGGUGCCGAUUGGUAUGUGGAUAAAAUAGUGGUUGAAAACCGGAAGACGAACGAUACUUUCAUAUUUCCGGUGUUCCGCUGGAUUCGCCCGGACUAUCACUACUCAAUAGAGUGUCUGGACACGUCCUUACCCCAGUUUGAUCCCCACAAGGAGCAGCGGCAGGAGGAGUUGGAAUAUAAACGGAAGGACUAUCAGACAGCACAGAAAGUCCCUAAUGGACCCGCACAGAUCAAGGUGAUGCCCGCGGAUGAAGCCUUCUCAUUCGACUACAAGUGGGACAUCGUGAAGACUAAGGCGCAGUUGAUCCUGGUCAGUAAGCUCGUCAUGAUGACCAGUGGACGCUGGGAGUCCCUGUCUCAUCUUAAACAGGUCUAUACCAAGGAAAUCUUCAGUGAACCCGACGGUGCAAAGCGCUGGAGCAACGAUCUGUUUUUCGGAAAUCAGAGGAUCGCCAGCAUGAACCAUUCUUGUAUAGAGUUGUGCACAGAAAUCCCGGACAAGCUUGGGGUUACAGAGGAGAUGUUAAAGCCGUUCCUUGAAGGUUGUUCCCUCAAGGAAAUGCUUGACGCCAAAAGGCUGUUCAUCGUCGACCACAACAUUCUCACCGGCCUCCCACAUCGCAAAGGAUUCUACACAUGUGUGCCGAUCGCGCUGUUUUUCGUGAACGAGAAGCAGCACCUUGUCCCCAUAGCAAUCCAGCUCCACCAGGAGAAGGGCCCCGACAAUCCGAUAUUUUUACCCGACGACAGCCCUAAUGUCUGGCUGAAGGCAAAGAUGUGGUUCAACAAUGCCGACGCCAACGUUCAUCAGUCACUCACACAUUUAGGAUACACGCACCUGCUCAUGGAGGGCAUCACCGUGGUUACACACCGGAACCUCUCCCAGUCACAUCCCAUCUUCAAACUCCUAGCACCACACUUCCUCUAUCUUAUUGCCAUCAACACGCGAGGGUUAGAGCUGCUUGUGUCUCCAAAUGGCUGGGUAGACAAGACGAUGAACGUCGGGAUCGCUGGCAUGUUUGAACUCAUCAGGAGAGGACUCAAUAAGUGGAGGAUGGAUGUGGAAGGAACCUUGCCAAACGAUUUGAAGAGAAGAGGGGUGUUGGACCAGAAUAUAUUACCUGGCUACCAUUUCCGUGACGACGCACUCUUGAUCUACAACGCCAUAAAUACAUACGUUCGCAAAUAUGUGGACCUUUAUUAUGACUCGCCGGAGAAGAUCACGGGCGACUGGGAGAUCCAGGCAUGGGGCGCCGAGCUCGUCAAGGACCGAGCGCAAGGAGGAUGUGGGCUCAAUGGCGUUCCCAGUAAUGGUCAAUUCGCCAGCAAGGACGACUUGUAUCUGGUGUUGACGUCAAUUAUCUACUCGUGCAGCGUUGCGCAUGCGUCAACCAACUUCCCCCAGUACGACGAAUAUGCUUUCCCGCCUAAUUACCCAGCUUUACUGAAUGGGGAACCACCCAAAGACAAGACACCUAUCGAGGAGAGUGAGCUGGUGAGUAUGUUACCGGACAAACCUACCACGCUGGACAUGAUGACCGUCACUAAGAUCCUUAGCUCGCGGGGAACCAAGAGUCUGGGGGACUUUGAGGUCCAGUACAUAUUUGAGCCGGAGGCCAGGAAGAUAGUCGAUGAAUUCCGAGCGGACUUGGCCGAGAUUAGCAAGACGGUGAAGGAGAGGAACAAGAAACGGGACAUUCCGUACCCCCAUCUGGACCCCGAGAUUGUCCCCAACUCAAUCAGUAUCUAGACACGCCCACCUGUACGUGCCACGCACACCCGUACAUGCUACGCCUGUUUUAGAUGCCACGCGCACGAACUCCGUCUCGCACUGUACAAAACAAGCCUUGUUCACUUCGAAGUUCAACUAUGUUUAUUAAACAAUUACAACGACCUUCUUCGGAUAGUGACAUUUUAUUCGGAUGGUGUCAUGUGUUCAUUGAAGUUGAGUUGGUGAUUUGUGAAGAAAGUCAUGUAUAUGUGUAUAUAUACUCGUACAUGCAUGAUCAAAAUAUACAUACACUUUGAGAACUCUACAUUCAAUGGUGGUUUUGUAGAAGAGGUCUGAAAUGUCUCCAAAAUAUCCAAUUGUUAUAGAUAUAUGAGUGUUAAACAUUUUGUUAUUUCAAAAUCAUGAAAAGUACUAAUUUUUGCAGCACCUAGAUAGAAAUAGGUCACGGACAAAGAUGAAUCAAUGGUAUUUAUCGUUAGUUAUUUUACAUUUUUUUUCUCAUUUUUUACAUGUAUAUAAUGAUAAAGAGAUGUUUAUUUAGUUCCGUUUUAUGUGUUCAAUCGUCCCCGGAGAUGGUAAGUCAUGGGGAAUAUAGUACACAACAAAAUACUGUUGUGUAUGUGACAUCUGAUUUAGAUUUUCAAGAAAAUACUCACAAAAUAUAAUUCUUUUUUGGUUUACUAAAGUGGUAGUAAAGUGGUAGACAGUCGAACACACGUAUACAGAUCUGCGCAUUUUCUUAUACUUUUAAUGUUGUUUUGACAACUUUUGUAAGUAGUUAACCUUUUUGCUUUUUAUGAGUAGGUGUAAAUUAUAUUAUUGCAAUACUUACUUGUAUUUGUGUUGUUUUUCAUUCUGAUUAUGCAUUAGAUUUAAACCUCGUUCCAAUAGAUAUCUAACAUUUAUA